ACUGCUGUAUAAAGAAGGGGUCGGAGGCGACGGAGACGAGCCAGCGGUGGGAAUGAAGGCCGGGAUCCGGCGAAGCUAGUCGCGGCAGUUAGAUGCUUUGGUGAUCGGAAACUAUGCUCAGAGCUUCUGGAAUGAGCCUUGGGAUGGGUCGGAAAUUCGGUUCUGCUCGGAGGGACAGGCUGAUCGGAAACUUCGGUUGCCCAGCAGCUACGCUGCCGGCGGGUAGCGGCAAUAGCGGAGACCUUUUUGAGCUUGCAGAGGACGACGUUUGGUCGUCGAUUAUUGACGCGGCGGCAGCCAAAGAGGAGGUCAAACGACAGCCAGCGGCUGCUGCCGCCGCUAGCACCGGGAACCGGAGGUGGCCUUCCUCGUCCGAAGGUAGUCGCCGUGUCGGCGGGCUGUCAUUGGUGUUCGAAGAACCAGCCGGAGGCGGAAAACCUGCAGCCGCCGCAAGGAUCAUACAUCUCCGGCCGCCGGAGGAUCCUCCAACCACCAUGGUGCGUCACUCAGCGCCAGUAAACGUGCCGGAUUGGUCCAAGAUCCUCCAGGGCACCUCCACGGACUCGUCGCCGGAAUACGACGUAGGGUUCUCGCCGUCCGACAAUGAAGGGGAAUGGGUCCCGCCCCACGAGUACCUGGCACGCCACAGCACGACGAGCCGGAGCACGGCGACCUCCGUCUUCGAAGGAGUCGGGCGCACCCUCAAGGGACGGGACAUGAGCCGCGUCCGGAAUGCGGUCUGGCGCCAAACGGGGUUCUUCGGUUGAGUGCACACGCCUGCCAAAGCAGGGUACCUUUCCGGCGGAAUUUUGGGGAUAUUCUUUAGGAUUUGCUAUGAUUUGGCGUCCAUAAUUCGCCAUUGAGCCGUAGUGCUAGUCAUUGCUAUUUGGUGGGAACUCAGAUUCCGGCCACCUGGCGUUAAAUUCCGGCCGCCACCGAACGGUGGAGCGCCACCAGGAAGGAGCAAUUUCGUCUCUGGUGUGCCAACACCAUGGCAGAACACUGUAUAUUUUUGUCCAUUUCAACACCCUUGCGUAAUCGUGAUGUAAUCUACCAUUUUGCUCAAUAGUAGAUGGCCUAAUGUUUCUAAAA